AUGCCCAGAAAAUCCUCAAAAAAAGGAGGCUCAGCGGUAGAUGCUGCCAUCGCUGCGCUGAUUUGCACCUCCUUCUUUAACCCACAGAGUAUGGGCAUCGGAGGGGGGUCCAUAUUCACAGUGAUGGAGAGCUCUGGCAAAGUCACAACUAUCAACUCCAGAGAGACUGUACCCAGGAAUGUGAAAUCUGACCUGCUGGAUUUGUGUCCAGAUGAAGCCUCAAAGACAUCAACUGGUAAAUGGAUUGGGGUCCCAGGUGAACUUCGGGGCUAUGUAGAGGCACACAGGCGUUUUGGGAAGUUGUCAUGGGCUGAACUCUUCAAGGGGACCCUCGAAUUGGUCAAAGAUGGAAUUCGUAUCAAUGAAGUCCACGGUGGAUUUAUCAAUCGUACUAAUGAAAGUUUCGGCCCAGCACUACGAAAGUUGUAUUCAGACAAGAACGGGAUGUUGCUGAAGACUAAUGACAUUGUGAAGUUUGAGAAACUGAUCGAGACUUUGAAGAUUAUUGCAGAUAAAGGAGCAGACGCUUUUUACAAUGGAGCAAUAGCAAACAAUUUAGUCAGGGACAUAAAUGAGGCAGGAGGAAAUAUAACGGAGGAAGACUUGAAAGAGUACAAAGUUUCCGUGACUGAUGCGUGGGUUGUUCCUUUGGGAGAGUACCAGAUGUACAUACCUCCACCCCCUGCAGGAGGCAUCACUCUCAGCUUUGUCCUUAACGUCCUGAAAGGCUUUCACUUCGAUUCAAACUCUCUGGAAGGUGAAAAUAAGACACUGACCUAUCAUCGCUAUAUUGAAUCUUUAAAGUAUGCCAAUGGAUUAAAGAAAGACAUCCGUGAUCCAAAGUUCAUGUCAACAGAACGCUUACAGAGGGCCAAGACAUUCAUAACGGAUAGCUUUGCCGACGAUAUCCGAAGCUUUAUCGGUGAUGAGAGCCAGUAUUACCACAAGCCCCCGUAUAUGGACAGCGUGGGCACCUCACAUGUGUCUGUUGUGACAAAGGAUGGAUCUGCUGUGUCUGUCACCAGCACCAUCAACUACGUGUUUGGAUCACGGAUCUUAUCUCCAAGCACCGGAGUCAUCCUCAACAACCAGCUGGCCGAUUUCUGUCAGAGAGUUAAUAAAUUCUCUCGUGGGGAGCAGCCUCCCUCCUCCAUGGCCCCCAUUGUGCUGAAGUCUAAGUCGAAGUUACUGGUGAUUGGGGGUUCUGGUGGGGACAGGAUCACGACUGGGGGCAGAUUGCAACGUAUUGUUCUGUUUCUCUUCCAGGCGCUCAUGAACCACCUCUGGUUUGGAAAAAGCCUUAAGGAGGCGAUUGACGCUCCGGUUGUUUUUGUCAACUCUAGUAAUACUGUGGAGUUUGAAAAUGGUUUUGAUAAGGAUGUAAUCAAGGCUCUGAAAGCUCUGGGACACAAACAAAAAGCUCAAGGAACUUACUACAGUGUGGUAAACGCAGUAGAGCUGGAGAACGGUUGUAUCAUCGCCGAGUCUGAUAAACGGAAAAAAGGCAAAGCAGCCGGUUUCUGAGACCACGAGACAGUGACACUGGUUUAUGCAGGAGGGCCUGGAGGUUACAGAGACCUUCCUGGCUAGUAAGCUAAUUAACUAGGGCUUUGCUAACAUUAGCUAACUUAAAGGCCCAAUGAAGUUAAAAUGUUUAAGUGUUUUAUCUUAUCUUUCUUUGUGCUGUAAGUCUCUUAUAUUCCAGUAUCUGUAUCCAAUAUUGACACAAAGUAAUUUUUUAGGUGUUUUCGUGUAUUCUUAAUGGUAAUUUAGUCACUUCCUGAAAAACAAUAAACAGUA